GUAUAUACAACAUAGAUUUACCAGAGAUGCUGGUUAGUAUUCAAAAAAGCUUCAAGCAAAGGUCCAAAGAGGCUGGAGAAGUUCUCAGAUGAGCGUGCUGCUUACUUUAGAUGCUAUCACAAGGUCACGGAGCUCAAUAACGUAAAGAACAUAUUGCGACUGCCAAAAGGCACAAAGAAGCAUGCUGUUGGGAUUUAUUUCAAUGAUGACACAUCCAAAACCUUUGCUUGUGAGUCAGAACUUGAGGCAGAUGAGUGGUGCAAGGUGUUGCAGAUGGAGUGUCUUGGAACACGAAUUAACGACAUCAGCCUUGGAGAGCCUGACUUGUUGGCCUCUGGAGUGGAGAGGGAGCAGAGUGAGAGAUUCAAUGUGUAUUUGAUGCCAUCCCCUAAUUUAGAUGUGCAUGGGGAAUGUACCUUGCAGAUAACGAUUGAGAAUAUCUGUCUUUGGGACAUCCAGAAUCCCAGAGUAAAACUCAUCUCUUGGCCAUUAAGUGCCCUCCGACGCUAUGGACGGGACCCCUCUUGGUUCACGUUCGAAGCAGGGAGGAUGUGUGACACAGGAGAAGGACUAUUCAUCUUUCAGACACGAGAAGGGGAAGCAAUCUAUCAGAAGGUGCACUCGGCCGCUUUGGCCAUAGCGGAGCAACACGAGCGCUUGCUGCAAAGUGUGAAAAAUUCAAUGCUGCUUGAGUUAAAACUACCUUCAGGGGAAGCAGCCUUAGCCCAGGACCAGGGAAGUGCAAAGCUCCAGAUGAAAAUGAGUGAGCGAGCCGUGUCCCUCAGCACCAUGGUGCCCUUGCCCCGGAGUGCCUACUGGCAGCACAUCACGCGGCAGCACAGCACUGGCCAGCUCUACAGCCUAAAAGAAGACGUUUCUAGCCCGAUGAAGCUUCAUCGAACGGACACUUUUCCCACCUACAGAUCAGAGCAUCGAUAAAGGACCGUAAAGAACUCUACAAACUGUCUUCUGCUAAACUGUCCUAAUGGAUGGCUGUGAUGAUGAUAAGCAAGGAUGGAAACACUGGAAACAUUCAGGCUGGAUAAAAGAUUCUUGCAAUACAACUUUUUUUUUUUUAAACCUUGGCAAAAGUUAAAUCUGUUCUGUAGAUAUUGGGGAAAAAAAAUAAAAAAUUGAACAAACGCUCCAGUGUUUGUUUUCUAUCUUACAGCCAGAUAGAGAAGAAAUCUCUCCCUAAAUGUUUUAGAUGUUUUUGUAUAAUAUGUAUGCUGUAUAUACACGACUUCUGUUUUAUACUACUGUGGUUCCACUUUGUUUAUUACAGCUGUGGUUCUCUGUGCACUCUGUAGGAGUCUUAUGCUUCGUAUUUAUUGUAAAGUUUAUCUUUUAGUUAUGAACACUAUUGUUCAGCCUAAUCUUUCACCUUUGAAGUGAUGGCCAGUUUUGAGCAGUUAUUGGCUAUUUUUUUCCUAUUCGAAGCAUGAUUAAGACUUGAUUUUUUUUUUUUAUUUUAUUUUA